GAAGCUGGUUCCGAGGUUUGGCAGAAUGCAGGCGCGGAGUGGGCUCUAGUGGCUCUAGUGUUGGACCACUUCUUGUUCAAGGGAUGAUGGCGUUUGAGCAGAUACCAAAAAAGGAUUGGUACAGCAUUCUGGGAGCAGACCCAUCUGCAAGUGUGUCAGACCUAAAACAAAAGUAUCAGAAACUCAUUUUAAUGUAUCAUCCAGAUAAACAGAGUGCAGAUGCGCCAGCAGGAUCAGUGGAAGAAUGUAUACAGAAGUUCAUUGAAAUUGAUCAGGCAUGGAAAAUUCUAGGGAAUGAAGAGACAAAAAAAGAGUAUGACCUGCAGCGACAUGAAGAUGAUCUAAGAAAUAUGGGACCAGUAGAUGCUCAAAUAUAUCUUGAAGAAAUGUCUUGGAAUGAAGUAGCUCAGCUGGUAAAGAAUCCGCCUGUAAUGAGAUCCCAGUUCAAUUCCUGGGUUGAGAAGAUCCCCUGGAGAAGGGAUAGGCUGUCCAUGCCAGUAUUCUUGGGCUUCCCUGGUGGCUCAGAUGAUGAUCAUUCCUUUUCUCUGAGCUGUCGAUGUGGUGGAAAAUACAGUGUUUCAAAGGAUGAAGCAGAAGAAGUUACACUGAUUUCUUGUGAUACAUGUUCACUAAUUAUCGAACUCCUUCAUUAUCGCUGAGAUUGUUCACUAAGUGGAAUUCUUUAGUGUAUUCAGACACAUGGAGGAGAGGCCACUCCACCCUUGUCCAUUCAAGCAAAUGUAUAAAGCUGAAUUAAAAAAAAAAGGAUUUCUUUUUUUUGUCAGCUCUGUUUUUACAGAGAAAAGAUAAGACUGUCAAGCAGAGGCCACCUGGAUUAAGAGAAAAUUAAUUUCAUGAUUCAUAUGUGUUUAUAGAUUGCAAGAAAGGGGUCUUGAAUUUAAAUUUAUAUUAAAUAAAUUCCCACCUGAAAACUUUA